AUGCUCUCGCGGCGCGUACUCGGUCUCCUCCUCCUUCUCACGCAGCUCGUUGCGUCCUUUACCAACGACGACGUCGACGCAGCGCUGGCGUGCCACGCGACAGUCGCGAACCCGAUCUCGUCUCUCAAGCCCGGGGCCUUUGCGACCAACGCGUUCUUCUCGUGCUUCCGGAACGAGUCGGAGACGAUCGCGUUCAUGGAUGCCAUGGCCGCCCGCGUGACCAAGAACGUCGUGACCAAGUUCGAGGUCGCCACGUCGUACUUGGGUCGGCCGAUCUUUGGCUACAAGCUGUCGCCGCCGGGCGCCUCAAACCACGCCAUGUACGUGCAGGGCCUCCUGCAUGCGCGCGAGUGGGUGAGCAGCAUGGCAGUCGUCUACCAUCUCGCGGUCCUUCUCGACGCGAUCCUCAACAAACAGUCGAAUACACCGUACACGUGGUACAUUGUGCCUAUUGUCAACGUCGACGGGUUUCUCACGACGUGGACGACGCACGAGCGGUACCGGCGCAAGAACAUGCGCCCCGUGCCCACCGACUUUCCGAGCAUUCCCAACCAAGCCGAGGCCGGUGUCGAUCUCAACCGGAAUUGGGGCCCGCUCGACAAGUUCAAUUUGGACAAUGUGACCCGGAUCGAUUUGACGUACCCAGGGACCGCGCCGUUUAGCGAGCCCGAAGUGCUGGGCCUGCACAAGUGGUUCCAAGCCCACGCCGAAAUUGUGGGCUACCUCGACAUGCACUCGUACGCGGGCAUGGUCUUGACGCCGUACGGCGACAGCAACGAGACGCUGCCGGCGCCAUACGCCUCGCGCUACGACGCGCUCGGCAAGACGAUCCAGGCCGCGGUCGCCAACGCCUCGGGCACAUCCUACGACGCCAAGCCCGAGUGGUACCUCUACUUGUCCUACGGCACGUUCCAAGACUACAUCUUCCGGACGUACCAAAAGGCCGCGAUUACGUUUGAGCUCCACGGCGACGACUUUAUCGUACCAGCCAGCACGAUUGCCAUGCGGUGCCGCGAAGCCCACGCGGCGCUCACCGCGUUUGCGGGCAACGUCCCCGCCUUCUACGACGGCCUCGGCCUGCCCAUCACCAGCACCACGACAAGCCUCGCCACACAGCCGCGCCUGUCGCCGCUGCUGCUCGCCGGCGCCUGCCUCCUCUUUAGCCUAGGCGUCGCACGAUAG